CCUGUCAUCUUUCAAUGAGAUGUUAUAUUACACUCAUAACAUCACACCAGGGUCCUCCCUUCCCCUUCCCCCCCACGCCAGCCCAGGCAGUGACCCCUGCGUCCUGUGCAUCCCACCCCCUCCCCCCAGUGCCAGCCCAGCAGUAAUUUGUGUCCCCAGGCUGCAGCGACUGCGCCAGGACCCCGAGACGGCGUUCUUCCGAGAGGCGUCCCCAUGGCGCUGGAGCGAGUUCACCGCCCACCCGCGGGUGCUGAGCUGCGCCGACCGCACUGGCCUGCAGUGCCUCGACGUGCGGGCUCCGGCCAGUCGCCAGUUUGAUCUGUUCAAGGUGGGAGGAGAAGCCGAGUGCCAGAGAGGAGAGCGAGUGAUGCUACCCAUGUACCUGGGCAGGGCCCACCCCUGCCAGCACCUCGUCGCCACGCAGUUCUCAGUGUACGUGCUGGACGAGCGGUUCCCCCUGGUGCCGGUGCUGCGCUGGGAGCACAUGUUGGAGGCUCCGCCCGUCUUUGCCCAUCUCACCCCGGGCCGGUCCCAGGAGACGAGCCACAAGGUGCUGCUGGGCGCCCACCGCACGCAGGAGCUGCUGCUGCUGCAGUACUCGGGUGGCAGCCAUUCAGCCUGCCAGCUCGCAGGGCCCCCCCGGCGGCUCCAUCCCAUCUCCCAGGGCCUGCAGUACCUCCCCCCGCAGGUGACCCCCUGGCAGGACCUGCUGCACCAGAGACUGACCGCGCCCGCGGCUGGCGUGACGGCCGCCCCCGCCGGGCAGGGGCCACUGGAGCCCUUGCUGGUUUUCCAGCUCUCCGAGGCCGGGGACCUGUUCUACCAAACCCUGUUGCACGAGCCGCCGGCGGAGAGCGAGUCGUCAGCCGCCCCCGCCUCGCCCCCGUCCCUGCCAGCUCCUGCUGCGGCCGGCCAGCCCUCGCCCGCGUGGGGCGCCUCCCUGGGCUCGGGCAGCGAGGAGAGCGUCCGCCUGCCAGGGACUGUCUCUGAGGGCACCGCCAAUGCCGGGCAGGCAGCAGCCCCAGAGGAAGCCAGACCCAGCGUGGGCCCCGCCGCCCCCAGCCCGGCAGCCGCUGCCCGCUACCACUGCUGGCUGAAAGCUCUCAUCAGGGAUUGGAGCCGGCUGCCGGAGCAGAGCCAGCCCCAGGCCCUCCGCACCAUCAGCCAUCAGCGCCUCUUCACCCGCGGAGAGCUGAGGCAGCCGGCCGGGGACGGCCUCUACCGCCAGGCCCGCCAGCUGCUGCGCCGUGCCAUGCGGGAGCGGGACUGCCUGGCGCCCUGGGCCCUGGGGCCGCCCCCCACCCCUCCGGCCAUGCCCCACCCCGUGGAGCCCGGGGCCUGGCCCGACGACCUGAGCAAGCGGCUGACGGCGUCGUGGGCGGGCGGCUGGGGCGAGUGGUGGGAGGAGAAGCUGGGCGUGACCAGGGCCCACAAGCUGCACGCGCUGAGGGACCGGAGACGGCGCCUGAAGCAAGCGCGGAGCCGCCGCAGCCUGUCGGGCAGCUUCACCUCCUCCGUCACCUACCAGUCCGACCUCAGUGACUUCUCCGCCUGCAGCCAGCCCCCCGGCCAGCCCCGCGAGGAGCAGCAACCCCCGGCCCCUGUGUGCCGCCAGGACCUUUCCUCACCGAGGGCGGGACGGGGAGACCUGCCCCCAGCCCCUGGGCAGUUCUGCCCGGCCUCCCCGCUGGCCAGCAGCUCCCAGCGCAGUGCCCAGGAGGCCUGGGGCAGCCAGGACACACAGGACUCCUCCCAGCUGCUCUCGUCCCAGACCCUGAGCUCGCGGGGCAUCCCCAAGGAGCGCAGGAAAACCCUGCGGGACUACCUGGCCAUCUUCACCCAGCCCUGCCCCGAGCCGCCGGCCGAGCUGCCUGCGAGCCAGGCCUCCAGCCUGGGCAGCCAGCACUGGGGCCCCUCCUCCCAGAGCCAGCGCUCCACAGCGUCACAGCCCCGUCGCAAACGGCCCCGCAUGGGCUUCUGAGACCCGCCGCGGGGGGCGGUGUCUGGAUGGGCGGCGGUCUCCGGGGACGGUGUCCGCGCAGCCACGGCCUGGCCCCUCGGCCCUGGGGCUGUUGGCCGCUGCAGAUAACUCAAUAAACAGGGAAAG